AUGGAUUCGCUCUCUAAGAAAAUCCAGAAUUUAGGAGUUCAUGACAUUAGAAAUGCUGCUCGGUUUGCGCAAAACGUUAUAGUCCAAUAUGAGCCUUACCAGGUCGAUAUUAGACGUGCAACGAACACAGACUCAUGGGGUCCCACGCCCAAACAUCUGUUUAAGGUUAUGCGCAACAAAUACCAGGUUCCGCUGCAUUUGAUGACGGAAUACACGUUGAAAAGAUUGGUGGAUCAUAUUGCAACGAGACCCAAGAAUCUGUACGAAAAGGCCCGUAAACAGUACGUCAAUUACGGGAGUGAGUGGCGGGUAGUUCUCAAGUGUAUGGUGGUGCUGGAAUUUUUGUUGUUAAACGUUGAUAGUGGCUCUGAGCUCGACCAAGUCACAGGCUGCUUACUCACGCACAAACACAUUCUACUUCGCGAUGUGAUGAAUUUCCGCGUGGAUUUCAGUGCAGACGGCAAGAUGGAAGUGCACGAACGUGGAAUCAAGAAAAAAUGCGAGACUAUAAUCCAAUAUUUGGAAGAUCCUGCUUUUUUGAAAAAAGAGCGCUCCAAACAUGUCAAAAAUGUGGCCAAAAUUCAUCAAUCGGCAAGUGCUUACGCGACAACGGCUUCAGCUCCUUCUGUAGUGGGCCAAGAUCCGGUUUACGGCUCCUACGACGACGACGAUGACGAUGACGAUGAUAUGGACUCCUACAGGGUUCAGGCCACUGCUGCAACCUCCAACACCCCCGCUUCUAGACGAAGAACCUCUGCAGCAGAUGAGCAACGACGCCAAAAGCGGGAGAUCUUGAGAGAGAAAAUUAAAGCUAGUGAACUCCAGCGCAAAGCAUCUCUGAAAAAGGCACAAGAACCGCCUGUGGAUCUUUUGAGCUUUGAUGAUGAAACGCCUGCUGUUCAGACUCAAAGAGCAGCACCCACGGCAACUCACUUUCAACCAUCAGAAACGCUUGCUGACGAAGACGACGACGACGAUUUCGGCGAGUUUCAAAGCGAUGGCAACGCUCAAACCACCUCCACCACCAACACAACGAACAGCACGAUGGGGGGUAUGGAUUUGUUGAAUUGGGACGCCCCUGCUACAAACAGCAAGCCAAGCUCUGGAACCAAUGGCAACUCAAAAGAUGCAUUUGCGGACCUGUUUUCGUAUUCCAAAAAUCACUCUUGA